AGUCAAUCCAUUUGAAGUUUUGGCUUAGUUGCAUCAUUUCUUAUCGGAUUUGUGUUGUAUUAUACUAGAAAUGAACCAACAGAUGAAUAAGGAAGACUUUCAGAAGAUUAUCCAGCGUUGGCAUCAAUUGCGGGAGCAAUUUGGUGAUCAGGCCAUAAACGUCCCUGAGUUUGCUAGGUUGAACAAAGUGAUAAACAUGUACAAGAAUCAUCAAGUCCAAAGGAUGCAACAACAGCAGCAACAGCAACAGCAGCAGCAACAACAACAGUAUGCCAAGGUCAAUCUGCAUAUCCCACAACAACAAAAGCCUCAACCACAACCCCAACAACUUCAACAACAACAACUGCAUACGGGCACUCCAAAUAUGCAAUCGUACCCAAAUCAAAAUAUGGGCAAUUUUAAUAACCAACAACAACAGCCACAACAACAAUACCCACCCCAACUCCAAGGACAAUCUCCUAUGGCCGGUGGAGUUAUGGGCCAAUCUAACAACGCGACCCCGCUUGUCCAAAAUGCCAACUUAAUGUCACAAGCUAGGAAUAACAUGCCCAUGCAAUCAGCAAACCAAUUCACAGGGAAUCAAAUGUCUGCUGGCCAGCAACAACCAUAUCCAACUAACCAGCAACAGCCACAACCGUUAGAUCCAGGUAUGAUGCAGAGCCCAAAUGUUAUGGGUGGAGAAUCUGCAUUCACAACUCAACAAUUCCAGUUACUUAAAUCACAAUUCCAAGCGUUGAAGUACUUGCUUAAGUCUCCAAACUCUGGAUAUCCUCCAAUCCCGCAAAACUUGACCGCGUUUGUUACCAAUGAAGCAUCUGCUUACCCCAAUGGAGAUUACUUGCCUGCUGGUAAUCCAAAUAAGAUUGCUGCUCCCCCUCCUAAGCAAAACAUCAACAAUGGAAUAGUCCCACCUCCUAAUCAAAUCCCAAUAGGGGGCCAACAACAGCAACAACCGGGUAUGAUGAGUGGUCCAAGUGUCACUCCUUCUCCAAACAUGCCUCCGGGGACUCCGCCAAUUGAGAAAAAGAAGGGAAAGAGAGGUCCAAAGCCCAAGAAUAAUGGCCAACCUAAGAAACUUACCAAGAAGCAACUUCAAAAGGUGGAAGAAGAAAGGAGGAUCGAGGAAGAAAGACAAGCUAGAGAAUCUAUUGACUUGCAAAGAGGAAUCGAACAACUGCAACAGCAAGAUCAACCACCUCAACAACAACAACAACCACCACCACCACCAUCAUUACAGCAACAAAUGCUGCAAAUGUCUACUCAACCUCCUCCAAAGGAAAUGAAGGCAUCGAUUAGCCCCAAACCACUGCAACCUGUUGGUGCUGAUCCUAGUCCUCCGGUUAAUAUCAAGAAAUUAAUACCUGAUCGAUCCAAGAGUGAUAAGAUCAUUAUUCCAGUUAACAAGCCUAAUAUGCAGGUUGAUACUUUUGAAGUUCCAGAUUUAGUUGGUGAUUACGUUAAGGAUAUUUCUCUUAGUGCAUUCUACACUCCUCAAAGCAGACUUCAAUUCCCGGGUUUACUUCCUGAUGGUAUCAAUAUGGAUGAUAUCGUUGCUAACAAAGAAGUUCAUUUGUUGUUACUGAUUGAAAAGGAAAAGGAUCGGUUACGAAGACAAUUAUUGGAAUUGUCCGAUGCCGAUGAAGACAAGAAGACGCAAUUGGAAACCGAGUUGGCUCAAUUGGAGUUGUUACCUUAUCAAAAGGAAUUGCGCGGGAAGCUACUCAUCCAAACUUGGUUCAGCAAAUCAUUACUUCCAAAUUCCCAUCCAAACUUUUUGGCCAGAUUUAAUACUUUGUCAUUAGAUCAUGUUAUCAUCACCGAGGAUUUAUAUCGACAUCAAUUGGAAACAUUAAUGCAAGCCCAAAACCAACAGCACAAAAAGACCAUUGACGAGAUUCUUCUUUAUAGUGAGAGAAGCAGCAACCAGGUUAUGAGAAGAAGAGACAAAUUGAACCGAUUGGGCAAUAAAGUUGCCAGUUUCCAUAAUCAAACUGCCAAGGAAGAACAAAAGAGAAUCGAAAGAAUGGCCAAGCAGCGUUUGCAAGCAUUAAAGCUGAAUGAUGAAGAAGCAUAUUUGAAAUUGUUGGAUCAUACCAAGGAUACCAGAAUCACUCAUUUGUUAAAGCAAACCAAUCAGUUCUUAGAUUCCUUGGCACAAGCUGUGCAAUCGCAGCAAAAGGAAGCUGAAGAGAAUCUUGUUAGCAGUGGACGUAUUGCCAAACCUGAAGAGCCAGCUGAGCCUAUGGAUGAUGAAAAGAGAGAGAAAAUCGAAUACUACAAUGUUGCCCAUCGUAUCAAGGAAGAAAUCACCAAGCAACCUAGUAACUUGGUUGGAGGUACUUUGAAGGAAUAUCAAUUGAAGGGGUUACAAUGGAUGGUUUCGUUAUUCAACAAUCAUUUAAAUGGUAUCUUGGCCGAUGAGAUGGGUCUUGGUAAGACUAUUCAAACAAUCUCGUUGAUUACUUACCUUGUGGAAGUAAAGAAGAUUAAUGGUCCAUUUUUGGUUAUUGUUCCCUUGUCCACUGUUACUAAUUGGAAUUUGGAAUUUGAAAAAUGGGCUCCUUCAGUGAAGAAGAUUACAUAUAAAGGUACUCCUAAUCAACGUAAAGUGUUGCAACAAGAUAUUAGAACAGGUAAUUUCCAAAUCUUGUUGACUACUUAUGAAUAUAUCAUCAAGGAUAAAGCAUUGUUGUCGCGAAUUAGAUGGGUUCAUAUGAUUAUUGAUGAAGGUCAUCGUAUGAAGAAUGCCAGUUCGAAAUUAUCGGAAACUUUGAGCCAUAGUUAUCAUAGUGAUUAUCGUUUAAUUUUGACUGGUACUCCAUUGCAAAACAACUUACCUGAAUUAUGGGCCUUGUUGAAUUUCGUGUUGCCCAAGAUUUUCAAUUCGGUUAAAUCUUUUGAUGAAUGGUUCAAUACUCCGUUCGCUAACACUGGUGGUCAAGAUAAGAUUGAGUUGAGCGAAGAAGAAACGUUGUUGGUUAUUAGAAGAUUACAUAAAGUGUUGAGACCCUUCUUGUUGAGAAGAUUGAAGAAGGAUGUCGAAAAGGAUUUGCCUAACAAAGUUGAAAAGGUUAUUAAAUGUAAAAUGUCGUCAUUACAAUCUAAAUUAUACCAACAAAUGUUACGUCUUAACAUCUUAUACGCUGCUGAUCCUGCUGAUGAAAAUACUGCCGUUACUAUCAAGAAUGCCAAUAAUCAAAUCAUGCAAUUGAGAAAGAUUUGUAAUCAUCCAUUUGUUUACGAAGAAGUUGAAAAUAUGAUCAACCCCAAAGCAGAAACCAAUGACCAAAUAUGGAGAGUUGCUGGUAAGUUUGAAUUAUUAGACAAGAUUUUACCCAAGUUCAAGAAGACUGGACACAAGGUUUUGAUUUUCUUCCAAAUGACGCAGAUUAUGGAUAUUAUGGAAGAUUUCUUGCGCUUUCGUAACAUGAAAUACAUGAGAUUGGAUGGUGGUACCAAAGCCGACGAUAGAACUUCGUUAUUGAAGCUUUUCAAUGCACCUGGGUCCGAUUAUUUCUGUUUCUUGUUGUCCACAAGAGCUGGUGGGUUGGGUCUUAAUUUGCAAACUGCCGAUACAGUUAUUAUUUUCGAUACCGACUGGAAUCCUCAUCAAGAUUUACAAGCUCAAGAUAGAGCCCAUCGUAUUGGUCAAAAGAAUGAAGUCAAGAUUUUGAGACUUAUCACAGAAGACUCGGUGGAAGAAAUGAUUUUGGAAAGAGCCCAUGCGAAAUUGGAAAUUGAUGGUAAGGUUAUUCAAGCUGGUAAGUUUGAUAAUAAAUCUACUGCCGAAGAACAAGAAGCCAUGUUGAGAGCUUUGAUUGAAAAGGAUGAAGAACGUAGACAAAAGGGUAGUGAUGACGAAGAGGAUGAAUUGGAUGAUGAUGAAAUGAAUGAAAUUAUCGCCAGAAAUGAAGGUGAGUUGGUUACUUUCAAGCAGAUUGAUGAAGAAAGAAUCCUUACUACCAAGAAUGCAUCGUAUAAGACGAGAUUGUUUUCUGACGAAGAAUUGCCAGAAAUUUACAAGAAAGAUCCUGAAGAAUUAUUCAAGAGAGCGGAGGAAAUUAUGGAAGAGUAUGGUCGUGGUGCAAGAGAAAGAAAGACCACUAAUUAUGACGACCAUUUGACUGAAGAACAAUGGUUGAGGCAAAUUGACGGGGUUGUUUCUGAUGAAAGUGAUACUGAAGUUGAAGUUAAACCAAAGAGAGCCAGAGGUAGACCACGCGGUAGGCCAAGAUCUAAGGGUCCUGAUGCCGAAAGUAAAGAUGAAUCACCUGAACAAAGUCAAACUGAAUCAGAAGCUACUCUGAAACGAUUCUUGGAUGACUCUGAUGAUUUUGUUCCUGUAAAGAGACAAAAGUCAGCAACACCAAAACUUCCACCAGUAAGAGGAAGAGGCCGUGGAAGAGGUAGAGGUCGUGGUAAGGGAUCAUUAUUAAAUAGACCAACACCAACAGUUGACCCAUUGACUCCUGAUGAAAGGGCCAGACUUCAGAAUGUCCUUGAAAAUAUCUUGGGAUUGAUCUUGAAUUAUAAGAAUGAGCAUGAUAGAAGAUUGAGUGAUUUGUUUUUGGUUAAACCAUCAAGAAAGUUGUACCCUGAUUAUUAUGUGUUGAUCAAACAUCCAAUAGCCCUUGAUGUGAUUAAAAAGAGAAUAUUUACCAAGAGUUACACCCAAGCUAGAGAGAUGUUGGAGGAUGUUCAUUUGAUGUUUAGUAAUGCUAGAAUCUAUAAUGAAGAAGGAUCGAUUGUAUUCCAAGAUGCUUCAUUCUUGGAGAAAUUAGCCACUGAAAAGUUUAGAGAACUCAACUCGGAUAUUCCUGAAGAUCAACUUGACAAGAUCUUAGACUUUACUGAAUUUGACGAAACCUUCAAUUUAAAGCCUUUGGUUGUCCCAUCAGCCAUGAAACAUCCUAUUGAUGCCAAAUUGGAAAGACUUGAUAAUGGCGAAUCAAUUGAUAGUCCAAUAAUCGGAAUAUCGACUGCAUUGGAAACAGAAGAGUCAACACCAGCCACAUUUGAUUGA